CUACCCCGACGAGGAGCCGAACCUACCUUUCGCCACCUACCCCGAGGACCCGCUGGACCCGCCCGUGGACACUCACCUUGAGGAGCCGAUGGUGGUUGACCCCUACGCUGACAUCACGACGACUCAGGAGCAGCAGCCAAGCUGGACAGAUGACUUGCCCCUCUGCCAGCUUUCUGGGGUGGGCUCAGCUCCAAACCGUUCCUACAGUGCAGAUGGUAAGGGGACAGAAAACCACCCCUGGGAGGAUAACUGGCUGAAAUUCAGGAGUGAGAACAACUACUACCUCUAUGGGGUCUUCAAUGGCUACGAUGGCAACCGGGUCACCAACUUCGUGGGCCAGAGGCUCUCCGCGGAGCUGUUGCUGGGCCAGCUAAGUGCAGAUCACAGUGAUGCUGAUGUGCGCCGGGUCCUGCUGCAGGCUUUUGAUGUGGCAGAAAGAAGUUUUUUGGAGUCCAUUGAUGAUGCUUUGGCAGAGAAGGCCAGCCUUCAGUCCCAGCUGCCAGAGGGAGUACCCCACCACCAGCUGCCUUCUCAGUACCAGAAGAUCCUGGAGAGAUUGAAGGCCUUAGAGCGGGAGAUCUCUGGAGGAGCUAUGGCUGUUGUGGCUGUCAUACUCAACAACAAGCUCUACAUCGCCAAUGUAGGUACAAACCGCGCACUGCUGUGCAAGUCUACGGUGGACGGGUUGCAGGUGACACAGCUGAACGUGGACCACACCGCAGAGAAUGAGGAUGAGCUCUUCCGCUUCUCCCAGCUGGGUUUGGAUGCAGGGAAAAUAAAGCAAGUUGGAACUAUCUGUGGGCAAGAGAGCACCCGGCGCAUUGGGGAUUACAAGGUCAAAUAUGGCUACACUGAUAUUGAACUACUCAGUGCUGCUAAAUCUAAGCCCAUCAUAGCAGAGCCUGAAAUCCAUGGAGGGCAGCCAUUGGAUGGGGUGACUGGCUUUCUGGUACUCAUGUCAGAAGGGCUCUACAAAGCUCUGGAGGCGGCUCACGGGCCCGGACAGGCCAAUCAGGAGAUCGCAGCCAUGAUUGCUACAGAGUUUGCUAAGCAAACAUCACUGGAUGCAGUGGCGCAGGCUGUGGUGGACCGGGUUAAGCGGAUCCACUGUGACACUUUUGCCAGUGGUGGGGAACGAUCCAAGUUCUGCCCCUGGCAUGAGGACAUGACGCUGCUGGUGAGGAACUUUGGGUACCCACUGGGCGAGAUGAGCCAGCCCAUGCUGACCCCGACACAAGGAGGCCGUAUCUAUCCUGUCUCUGUGCCAUACUCCAGUGCCCAGAGCACAAGCAAGACCAGCGUAACGCUGUCCCUUGUCAUGCCUUCCCAAGGCCAGAUGGUCAACGGUGCCCACAGCAGCUCCACCCUGGAUGAAGCCACACCCACGCUCACUAAUCAGAGCCCAACAGUGACUCUCCAGUCCACAAACACCCAUACUCAGAGCAGCAGCUCGAGCUCAGAUGGGGGCCUCUUCCGCUCCCGCCCCUCCCACUCACUCCAGCCAGAUGAGGAUGGACGCGUUGAGCCCUAUGUGGACUUUGCAGAGUUCUACCGGCUUUGGAACAUGGACCAUGGUGAACAGGGAAUAUUGACAGUGUCCUGAUGUAGGGAGAAGAGGUGUGCCUUGCAACCACCAGGAGCUCGCACUGAGAACAGCAAGCUUCCUCUACAGUGUGCUCCCCAAGCUAGAAGAAAUCACAGCCUAUUCAGUCCUUGGUGUCUGAGUGCUCAUAGGUGUCUGGGAUAUCUGUCAUCCUAGAAUCAGAACUGAGAUCCUCACUUUGGCCCCCAUAGGCUAUGGAACAGCUACCCAGCAAGAAUGAUCUGCCUCUACUGACAUGGGCUGAAUUGGAGUCGGUGAAAGGUUCCAAUCCCAUCCUCAAUUCCAUGCCCUGUAUAUUGAUAUCUGUAUAAACAGGCUUUCCUAACCUACUUCGCACCCCCAUCUAUGCUGUUGGCUAAUUUAGUCUGAGAUCAGUUCUAAUGGCAAUAUUCCAGCAUGUGACUAUUUGAGAGAAAAGUUCAAGAAUUACCAACUCACUUAACAGGACAUGCUAAACAAACAUAUCCUGCAACCUAAUUAGUGAUUUAGUGAAUACAAGGAACGAAGUGGCCGUAGUGCAGUAUGUGGAUUGCGCUAAGGUGUGUUUAGAGAACCCCUGCCCCAAAAUAAGAACAUGGAGAAAGGCUUACCCUCCUGAAAAUUACUACAGCCUGGGUUAGAAGUCUAAGUAAUGAAAAGACUCCAAAGGAAGGGGAAGAUGUGUGAAUAGUACCACGUUGACUACAAUAGAACUCAGAAGUUAAUAUAUUCAUUAGUGAGUUACAAGAAGGUACAGAGUAAGCAGUGACCAAAUUCCAAGUGAUAUCUUCUCUCCUGCCUGCGCUCCCCCCUCAGCCGCCCUCCCCCCAAAAAACAGCUGAGUAGCAGACAUAGGAGGACAGAGCCAAACUCUACAGCAUGAUCUGGAGAAACCCACAGAGACCUGCAUGCAAUGUGAUGAAAUUCAAUAUCACUGAAAGCGUAAAGUCCCACGCAGGAGGAGAGCAAAGAAACAGUGCAGCUACCCAGCAGGAGACUGCUAGCUUCUCUCAAGCAAAUGAAAUGUUGAAUAUAUUGUGCAAUUCUGGUAUGAAGAAAGCUGAUACCCUUCUCUGUGAGCAAUCUCAUGUAAAUGGGGUCUGUAAUGGCAAAUAGCCCUGAAACUUGACUUUAAAUAAGAGUUGUAGACCUAGUCUCCAAUAUAGAAUCACAAGGGCAAGAAAAGGGGUUACAAGGAUCAGAGAAAAAGAGAACCCUAAACAUGCAAUCUAAGGCAAAUACUGCUGCAGGGAAGAGAACCAAGUUGGGUCAGGCUUGGCCUGUAUUCUAGUAGACUUCCAAGGAAGUGCCUGCAUAGAGUACAAAGUAGUGUCGGUGGCAGGUUUACUCAUGUCAGUUCUGAACUAACGCUCCAAACAUAACAUGAGAGGUGUCUGUUCUGUUGUCUUCUAGCCUGUCACACCCCUUGUGAAGGGCACCAACAUGAGUCAGAGUCUCAUGUAGCAGCCAGUGACUUGUUUGAGCAAGCCUGGAAUCCUAAAUAAACAUGAAGAAAAGACACGAGGUGUUUUAUCUGAGUACUCGCACCGAGCCAUCUAAGGCCAAAAUCAAUAUAUAAGCAAACAUGGAAACAAUGCCUUCGCUUUGCGAAAUGUAAUUUGUCUCAUACGUCGGCAGAGUCUUAUCUUCAGCUGAUCUCCUACUCUGGGAACCCAGGGUUAUUGUCUGCUCCCAGACAGGGUGUCUAAACAUAUCGGGGAGGUAUUUCCUGACCCCUCUAGCUAAUAAGGCUGAAGAAAAUACUUCCUGCUCAGACCACUCAAAGCCUCCAUUGGUUUGCAUGGUUAUUCCUCCCUUAUUGGAGUAUGUUUGCAAGCUUCUCGGUAUAAGGGAGAGAAUUGCCCAGAUCUGCCCCUCAGACUAUUCCUUACCACCAGUUUGUCGUCCUCCCCAGUGUGCUAAGCCUCAAAAUGAGAGGUUACAUUAGAGGGCAAGCUACAGAUAAAAUAAAGGAACAUAUAACAAGCAAAGAAGCAGCCAGUGUGUGCUCCAAGUCUUUCAAUUUAGACUAACAUGUUAAUGAAAGGGGCAAUACACCUUUUAAAAAUCUAUCUUAGAAAAACGUAAGGUAUCUCUGUACUGAGCAGCAGUUAAAGAUAAUGGGUGUGGGCAGAAAGAAUAUUCUAAUACACACAGCUGGAAUGGGGGAGACUAUUUGUCCUGUUCCUAUUUCCCUUCAGUACUUAAUAUGGCCCCCAUUAUUGUAGGCCCUCACCAUAUAUGAUGUAGUUAUCUUCACAACAGCCCUGUGAGGCAGGGAGCUACUAUCCCUGAUUUACAGAUGUGGGGAGCUCAGGCACAGACAAAGCGAUUUCCUGAUUUCCCACAGUCACACAGAGUGUCUAAUGGGGCAGGGAAUUGAACCUGGCUCUCCCAAGUCCCAGGUUGCCACGUCCUUCCAUUUGUGCUGUUCCUUCUACUUCUGCCCCUACUUUGUGGGUUGGCCCUUGCUGUGAGAGAUACCAUGAGGUGGGGGAAGAAGGUCUUAUUAAAAAAAUUGGAUCUUACAUUUAAAACUUACCAGGGUCACAUUCAGUCAGGCCAUCUUGGGUAAAAGGGGGCCUUAGCUGGGAUCC